GCAAUGAAAUGUCAGACGUUACAUAGCAAGCUGAAUGAAAUCAGAUGCAGUAAACAUGAGGCAGGGUGAAAACAGACAGCAGCGCCCCCUGGCUGCACACACGAGUGCUGCAUGACGCUGGUCAAGAAAAGCUCCAUCAUCCUGCGAUCGUAAGAGAGAGCAGAGCAUCGUUUCUGUGGAGGAGAAGAAGAAGAAGAAGAAGAGAGGAGAGGAGAGAGUCGGGCAUCCACCCAACCCUCACUACUACACCCAUGACUACCGACUGCACAUCUGCUCAUUAACGGACAAACAGAAGGGAUUUAACGGCAGCGAGAUGUCGAAGCACCGCAAAGACAGAGACAGCUGGGGGUCCCUCGGUGACAAAAACGUCUACGACUGGAGCUCAGAGGAGGAGGAGCCAGAUGGACGAGCCCGGCCCAUCCAGGUCCUGCUGGUCAAAGACGACCACACCUUCGAGCUGGACGAGGCCGCGCUGAGUCGCAUCCUGUUGUCGGAGGAGGUCAGAGAUCGCGAGGUGGUGGCCAUCUCUGUGGCCGGGGCUUUCCGUAAGGGCAAGUCCUUCCUCAUGGACUUUAUGCUGCGAUACAUGUACAACCAUGCGUCCGACGAUUGGCUCGGAGAUGCCGACGAGCCUCUGACCGGCUUCUCCUGGCGUGGAGGUUCAGAAAGGGAAACCACCGGCAUCCAGAUCUGGAGUGAGGUCUUUCUGGUGGACAAACCAGACGGAAGAAAGGUCGCCGUUCUGCUAAUGGACACACAAGGCACGUUUGACAGCCAGUCGACGCUGAGGGACUCGGCCACUGUGUUCGCUCUGAGCACCAUGAUAAGCUCCAUGCAGGUUUAUAACAUCUCACAGAAUGUUCAAGAAGAUGACCUUCAGCAUUUACAGCUUUUUACUGAGUAUGGCCGACUGGCCAUGGAGGAGACUUUCCUCAAGCCAUUCCAGUCCAUGAUUUUCCUCGUUCGAGACUGGAGUUUCCCGUACGAGUUUCCCUACGGACAAGAAGGAGGCAUGAAGUUCCUUGAGAAGCGGCUGAAGAUCUCGGAGAACCAGCACGAAGAGUUGCAGAACGUGCGGAAACACAUCCACUCCUGCUUCACCAACAUCUCCUGUUUCCUGAUGCCUCACCCAGGCCUCAAAGUGGCCACUAACCCACACUUUGAUGGAAGAAUUCAAGAAAUCGAUGGCGAGUUCAUCAACAACCUGCAGGUUCUGGUGCCGUGGCUCCUGAGUCCCCGUAACAUCGACGUGAAGGAGAUCAACGGCAGCAAAAUCACGUGCAGAGGCCUGGUGGAAUACUUUAAGGCUUAUAUCAAGAUUUACCAAGGCGAGGAGCUGCCACAUCCCAAAUCCAUGCUACAGGCCACAGCAGAGGCGAAUAAUUUGGCAGCAGUCGCCGCUGCAAAGGAUCUGUACAACAAGAAGAUGGAGGAGGUCUGCGGCGGCGAUCGGCCCUUCCUGGCCCCCAGCGAGCUGCAGGCGCGGCACGGCGUCAUCCGAGAGGAGGCGCUGCAGGUGUUCAAGGGCGUGAAGAAGAUGGGAGGCGAGGAGUUCAGCCGCCGCUACCUGCAGCAGCUGGAGGGAGAGAUCGACGAGGUCUUUGUCCAGUACAUCAAGCACAAUGACUCCAAGAACAUUUUCCACGCGGCGCGCACGCCGGCCACGCUCUUCGUGGUCAUCUUUGUCAUGUACGUGGCCGCGGGCAUCACAGGCUUUGUGGGCGUGGACAUCAUUGCCAGCUUGUGCAACAUGAUCCUGGGUCUGGCUCUGAUCACGCUCUGCACCUGGGCCUACAUCCGUUACUCCGGGGAAUACCGAGAACUCGGCGCUGUCAUCGACCAGGUGGCCGGUGCACUGUGGGACCAGGGGAGCACAAAUGAGGCUCUCUAUAAGCUGUACAAUGUAGCAGCCAAUCACAGGCACCUGUACCACCACGCUUUCCCCGGGCCACAGGUGGAGGAGGCUGCCGAGGAGGAGGACAAGAAGAGGGACUGAUAAGACGAGGACAGAACUCUGCUGCAGGGACUUCCUGGUGAUGGACAGGAGGAGGAGGAAGAAGAAGAGGAGGAGGAUUUCUGUGUUCUGUCCUGCCCACCAACACAUUCACCACUUUAAAACUAAUAAAGGACUGUAUAAUGUUCAUGUAUAGGCUCUGCUGGAUGACAUGGAUCAUAGUGUGUCACUCACAGAAACAACAGACACUCGUGCCAGAGGAAACCUUCACAUCUUCAACCUCCAGUCAGCAGAUGUUGUUUUUUUUAUUAUUUUCUCCUCUUCAUCUCCGUGAAAUCCUCGUUGGUUACGGUUGUUCUGUUCUCUCCAGUUCAUAAGAAAUAUCGGCCAUGUCUGAAAGGCUUAAUACUGUGUGUUCUGUCUGUUAAAUAAUGAAGCGUUACAUGGAUCGUCCGCAUGGUUAAUGGUUAUUGUCCUUCAUCCUCGAAGCUCUAAAACCAGGUAUACUUUAUAUAGAGGUUUUAUGUUUACUGGUUGUGAUAAAGUGAUAUUGUGCCAUAAUGACAUGUUAAGAUUGUUUUUACAUCUUCUGCAGCCUGGCUACACGCAGAUACAUCGCACAUAUAUUUGUCGUAAACAAUGUUUUGUUUUUGGAGGUGGGCUUUAAGGGCUGGGUCGCGAAACGUCUUCUGUAUGUCCAGAAUUUCGGUUUGGGUAUCAAACUUCUGCAUCUCCCGAAUUUUGGACUCGGUAUCGAACAUCUGUAACUCCUGAAUUUAAGGUUAGGUAUCUCCCGAAUUUGGAGUUGGGUAACAAACUUCAUUCCUUUUGUGCUAUAGAACGAAUUUUGGACUUCGUAUCAAACUUCUGUAUCUCUCCGAAUUUCAGGUUUGCUAUCUCCCAAAUUUUGGGGUGGGUAUUGAACUUCAAUACUUUUGUGGAAUUGAACGAAUUUUGGACUGGGUACCGACCUUCUGUACAGUAUCUCCGGAAUUUUGGGUUGGUUAUCUUCUGAAUAUCGGGUUUGGUAUCGAACUUCAAUACUUUAGUGGAAUUGAACAAAUUUCGGACUCGGAAUUGAACUUUUGUAUCUCCUGAAUUUUGGGUUGGUAUCUACCUAAGUUAGAGUUGGGUAUCGAACUUCAAUACUUUAGUGGAAUUGAGCAAAUUUCGGACUUGGUAUUGAACUUUAGUAUCCUGAAUUUUGGGUUGGUAUCUACCUAAGUUCGAGUUGGGUAUCGAACUUCAAUACUUUAGAGGAAUUGAACAAAUUUCGGACUUAGUACUGAACUUUUGUAUCCUGAAUUUUUGGUUGGUAUCUACCUAAGUUCGAGUUGGGUAUUGAACUUAAAUACUUUUGCGGAAUUGAACAAAUUUCAGACUUGGUGUUGAACUUCUGUAUUUCCCGAAUUUCAGAUUGGGUAUCGGAACUUCAAUACUUUGAAGUAGUAUCGACUGAACUUCUUUCUUUCCACAUCACCUAAUAUUGUAAAUGUGUCAAAUUUCGGUACCUAAGGAGUUAACCUAAUCACCGUCAGUGAGUCAAUAAACAUGCAGCAUGCAGUUUGACGGAGAUCUAACAGUGGUUGUGAUUGGCCACCUUGAGGCAUAAAGGAAGUUAUGUCAGCAAGAAAAAAAAAAGGUGCGGCUUAACAUGCAUGCUUUAAGAGACUAGUGCUUGUCUAAUGGGUGAAGGUGUGUCAUACUAUACCGUAAAGUGUCACGUAAUUUUGGACACUCUAAAUUGACUGUAGGCGUGAGUGAGAGUGAAUGGCUGUUUGUCUCUGUGACGGACUGGCAACCUGUCCGGGGUGUGCCCUGCCUUUCGUCCUAUGUUAGCUGGGAUUGGCACCAGCGCCCCCCUGUGACCCUCAUAUGGGAGGAUAAAUUGGUAGAAGAUGAGUUUUUUUUGCAUUGAAUAAAUAUCAUUCUGAAAAUAGUCUAAAAGUCCAGAUAAUGAUGUUGAUACCAAAUCUGACAUUUUGAACCAAUAGCCAGCCCGAGGCUUUCAUUUGAACAGAGUUCUGGAUAAAAAGUGAACACAACAUGGCUGACAUUAUCUCCACUCUACACUGUCAUCAGCUCUCAUUUAUGUAAUUAAGCUUCGCCCCACUGAUCCUUUAUAUAAGUGUGUGUGUGUGUGAACUUGUAUUUGUUGCCUGUUUAGGACCUUUUUCUGGCAGAAACACUGACCUUGUCAGGACCAGUAGUCCUCAUGGAGACCAAAACCUGGUCCUAAUGUGGCACAACCUCAUGCCUGAGGAACUGGUUAAGUUUAGGGCUAAGGUUUGAAGUGUGGUCAGGCUGAAGUUAGGAGUAAGGCUUUUAUUCAAUGUGAGUGCGUAGAACAAUGACUGCACAAACCUGUGUGUGUGUGUGUGUGUGUGUGUGUGUCUGUGUGUGUGUGUGUGUUGGCCUCUGAGGCCAAAGGGAAAUAGUGAAUCUAGUUUCCAUUGUGCCGUAGAGGUGGUGGGUGAAACCGUUGUUGUGUUUUCUCUCCGAAUGUUCACGCAAAAUCCGAGGAAUGUAGCCUCUCUGCAGCCGCCGAGGAAUCAAAGGGAGAUGUUGUGAUGUAGGGCGGGGCUACGGGCAGACAGGCCUGCUUUUGGAAGUGGAUCCUCAUUCCACAUGAUCACGUCUCUGUCAUCAUCUUCACACACUUAAGUUGAAUCAUCUGUGAAAGAGGCCGGGCCCUGUUUUUUUUUUGUCUUCUUUUCUGUGUGUUCUCCCGAAACGGCUUGCAUUUCUAAACAAAAGGCUUGUGUCAGCGACGGCACUUCUUUAUAGCGUUGCUUUGUGGCUUUGUAGACUGUUACUGUACGUUUGUAUAAUUGUGGUAACUGUUUUUUUCUGUUUGUUUUUUAAAAAUGAUUUGAAAACCCCCAAAAAAUCACAGCAGUCACACAUAAGGAAUUUGACUAUGAACACUUUUCUGUCACCAAAUGAAUUACAAAUUCACAAAAUCGUCGUGUUUUUCAGUGUCUUAAAUGUGAAUGGGCGGAUCCUUCUGUCCGCCAAUCCACUUUCAUUUGGGUUUAGCUUUGAGAAAAUGUACACAAACGCAGAUGAAUGUCAACAUUUGCUCACAGGUACAGGAACCUGAUGACCUAAUGUCACCAAUCCUGAACAAAUAUGUUGUAAUGUUACAAAAGUGUGUACAUGUGCUCCAGAAUGAUUACUCACGUCAUCAGAAACAUGAUAAAUCACAUUCUUAGUGUACAUUUCAAAGUAAAAGAAUCUUAAAGGUACAUUGAGUAGAAUUUAACAGCAUUUAUUGCUGCUAAAUUCCCUUCAGAGUGGGAUAUAAAUAGUAAAGGUGCAUUCUGGGGUAAUGAAAAACAAUAAGUGAUUUUUCAUCUUCAAUUUCCCACACUGGGCCCCCCUUGUUGCAUUUCAAAAUAAACCACUAGGGCUGUAUGUUGGCAAACUAGACAGCAUUUCCAGGUUAUUCAUGCUAAAUAUUUUAUCGCAAUUCACAAUAAUAUUGUAUAUUGUACUGUCCCUCACGCUUGGUUACACACAAACCAGGGCAUGAAAAAUUGGAAAAAAAUAGGUUGUCUGUAUAAAUAUAUAUAUAUAUAUAUAUAUAUAGCUAACUGUAUAUGUCUGUGUCAUAUACAGCUGCAGUAAAGAAGUCUUUUUUUCCCCCCUCUAUAGUAGAUCUGGUCAUCAUGAGUACGGGAACACUGUCAUGCAUAUUUAGCAAGUUUAUGCUGAGGUUUGACCUCAAGGGUUUAAGAUUUAAAGGCACUGCAGCUCAGUGGCUUGGAGAGUCUUCCACAGUGUAUAAUCAACAUCAGUGAGGCCUUCACACAAAGAGCCAUCUACGUCCACUUUAAGAUCCCGGAGGUUUUUAAAAUCCCAUUUCUACGGGGGCCUUUGUCGGCGUCUUGUGUCCGUUUUUCAGAGGAAAAAAAAAAGAAAAAGAAAAGUAGCAUUUGUUUACAUCGUGUUGCAUUGAUUAGUAAUUAUGAGUUGAAGGUUGUGUCUGUGAGAAAAUGGAGGGGAACUCUUGUUCCACUUUUCUUGGAUGGACGAUUUUAAAAUCACCUGCACUGAAAGGUCCCGCGAAUCGACCUCUUCCGAGUCAACACUGCUUAGUUUCCAGCACAUGUACUGCAGACGUUCAGUUACGAAUAAAUAAGAAAUAAAGAAAUAAAGUUGGACCAAAUGACUGAAAAACUA